AUGGAAAAUAGCCCUGAAAAUAUAAAACACGAUAUGCCAGUUGGUUCAGAAGAAGACGUGGAGGAUGAAUUAGCCAGUCCAAAUUUAUACGAAGAGUCUAUGGCUGAAAUUACGCUUAACGAAACCAGAGGAGAAGGACCAGGUGGACAUGAUUCAGAUCCAUUUGAUCGGAGUGGGGAGUACGAUGAAGAUGUUAAUCUGGAAGCUCCUCCCCCAAUUACACCUGACAUUCCAGAAAUUUCAACAGAAGUUCUUGUUUCUCUACGGAAUCGUGUUGCCAAUUCAGAAGCUUCUUCUAUUGAUAUUAGGAAUCCAUUUGACGAUUCCGAUCAGAACAAGAAAACUGAAUCAUCACCGAGUUCGUGA